AGUCAAUAUAUCUUUAUCACUGCUUAUGUCAUACAAAAUGAAAAUAUCAAAAACAAAAAAAGUCUAAAAAAGUAUGGUACCAAUUUCUUCACGCACCAAUGGUACAUGUUUCUUCCAACCUCUCAAUCUACAAUUUCAAAGACGAUGGACGACGUUUGAUUUGCUUUGCUCGUAUAAACAAUGGUUGCCAAUUUUUUGUUUGGGUAUAAUUAGAAUAGAUAUUAUGUGUUGCGACAGGUUUUGAGAAAUUCGGAAGAGAUGGGUGAAUCGGCGGAGAACGUGGUUACGGCGGAGCCGGAAGAGAUGGUGGGAGAGAAUGGGGAAGGGGCAAACGCGUCGACAUUUCUUUCGGAGCUGAACCUUAUCCUGAUUGUAAGUUUUCUUUCGUUAUCCGGCGAGGAAGUCAAUUCCUUGGAGACGAAGAUGGUGGACAACGUUGUUAGAGAUGAUCAUCGUCCUACAGACCACGCGGUGGUUGCCGAUCUUCAGAUGAAAAGGCGACGAGUAAACGAAUUCAAGGCACUCGGUUCCAGACCGAUCAAGUUUCAAACCAAGAUCAAAGAUGGCAGGCAUUGCAGAAGAAUGUGAGGAGGGGAAACAUCGGAUAUUCCAUCAGCGACAGCAGAGAUUGUUGCAGAGACAAUCUCUUCGUUUUUUUUUUUUUUUUAGAAUGUAACGAAGAUUCAUUAAAUCUUUUUUUAUUGUAGUCUUUUAUUUUACUUUACUUUUUUGUUGGACACAGGUUUGGCUAUUGAUUCCUUAUUUCCUGGUAGGGAAAUAGGUCUUUUUUUUUUUUUUUAAAUAAAUGAUUGAUGUUUGUAAAACUUUUAUAACAAAACAUUUGUAUGCACGAGGUUAUGACAAAAGAGUUACGUGUGCAUGUAAGAAUUGAAGAAGCUUUCUUGAACAAUUCAAUUAUUGUGCUCCCAUUUACUCCAUAAAACAAAAACAAAAACAAAACAAAAGCAGUUCCUGUAAUAUCUAAGCUUCAGUGAAUUACUGGUUCAAUUCCAAAAAAGGAAAGGAAACAAUGACAAGCAACUUCUAAACAUCGCAGCAGAGAAAGAAGUCCACAAGGACAAGAAAUCAAGAAUGGCAACUUCUAAGAAAAAAAAAAAAAAAG